AUGUUCCUAACUAUUUAUCUCGCUAUCUGUAAACGUCUAUUCAGACUUGACUCUUUCGUUGUGGCUUGUUGCUACCGGUUUCAGUUUAAUUCUUUCCUAAGUGUCGCGAGAGGAUUCUUUUUAACUUCCUUCGCGUGGCUCUUUCCGACUCGCCUCGAGUGUGGCUCUUUCCGGCCGGCUUCGAGUGUGGCUCUUUUCGGCCCGCCUCUAGCGUGUCUCUUUCCGGCCUGCCUCGAGUCAAGACUCUUUCCGGCCUGCCUCGAGUCAAGACUCUUUCCGGCCUGCCUCGAGUCAAGGCUCUUUUCGGCCUGCCUCGAGUCAAGGCUCUUUUCAGCCUGCCUCGAGUCAAGGCUCUUUUCGUCCCGCCUCGAAUGUGGCUCUUUCCGGCGUGCCUCUAGUGUGGCCUUUUCCGUCCUGCCUCGAGUGUGGUUCUUUCCGACCCGCCUCCGGUGUGGCUAUUUUCGGCCUGCCACGAGUCAAUGCUCUUUCCGGCCCGCCUCGGGUGUGGCUCUUUCCGGCCCGCCUUGUGUGUGUGGUUCUUUCCGGUCUCUUGGUCAUAUGUAUCUAUCUAUACCUAACUACUUUAUCUAUCUAUCUAUCUAUCUAUCUAUCUAUCUAUCUAUCUAUCUAUCUAUCGCAGUGUGUUUGUUUCUAUCUAUCUAUCGCAGUGUGUUUGUUUCUAUCUAUCUAUCGCAGUGUGUUUGUUUCUAUCUAUCUAUCUCAAUGUGUUUCUUUCUUUCUAUCUAUCUAUCUAAGGGUGUUUCUAUCUAUCUAUCUAUCUAUCUCAGUGUGUUUCUUUCUAUCUAUCUAUCUAUCUAUCUCAGUGUGUUUCUUUCUAUCUAUCUAUCUAUCUAUCUCAGUGUGUUUCUUUCUAUCUAUCUAUCUAUCUCAGUGUGUUUCUUUCUAUCUAUCUAUCUUUCUAUCUCAGUGUGUUUCUAUCUAUCUAUCUCAGUAUGUUUCUUUCAAUCUAUCUCAGUGUGUUUCUAUCUAUCUAUCUAUCUAUCUAUCUAUCUAUCAGUGGACUCCGUGGGUGCUUUUUCUUUUCUUCUUUUCAUUCUUUAUUCUUGUUCUUUCUUCUCAACUUCUUUUUUUUUCUUUCUUCGUCUUUGUUCUUUCUUUCUUUCCCACCCGUCGUCUUUCGUUCGAUCUUUCGUUUUCCCCUCCCCCUUUCGUUCGAUCUUUCGUUUCAUCCUCCAUCUUUCGUUCGAUCUUUCGUUUUCGCCUCCACCUUUCGUUCGAUCUUUCGUUUCCCCCUCCAUUUUUCGUUCGAUUUUUCGUUUCCCCCUCCAUCUUUCGUUCGAUCUUUCGUUUCCCCCUCCACCUUUCGUUCAAUCUUUCGUUUCCCCUCCACCUUUCGUUCGAUCUUUCGUUUCCCCCUCCACCUUUCGUUCGAUCUUUCGUUUCCCCCUCCCCCUUUCGUUCGAUCUUUCGUUUCAUCCUCCAUCUUUCGUUCGAUCUUUCGUUUCCGCCUCCACCUUUCGUUCGAUCUUUCGUUUCCCCCUCCAUUUUUCGUUCGAUUUUUCGUUUCCGCCUCCACCUUUCGUUCGAUCUUUCGUUUCCGCCUCCACCUUUCGUUCGAUCUUUCGUUUCCGCCUCCACCUUUCGUUCGAUUUUUCGUCUCCCCCUCCCCCUUUCGUUCGAUCUUUCGUUUCCGCCUCCACCUUUCGUUCGAUUUUUCGUCUCCCCCUCCCCUUUCGUUCGAUCUUUCGUUUCCCCCUCCCCUUUCGUUCGAUCUUUCGUCUCCCCCCUCCCCUUUCGUUCGAUCUUUCGUUUCCGCCUCCACCUUUCGUUCGAUCUUUCGUUUCCCCUCCCCCCUUUCGUUCGAUCUUUCGUUUCCCCUCCACCUUUCGUUCGAUCUUUCGUUUCCCCCUCCCCCUUUCGUUCGAUCUUUCGUUUCCCCCUCCACCUUCUGUUCGAUCUCUCUUUAACCCUUCGCCUUUUGUUUGUUCUUUCUUUUCCCCUUCAUCUUUCGUUCUUUUUUUCUUUUUCUCUUUUAUCCUUCUCUUUUCUCUCUCUCUCUCUUUCUUUUCAUUUUCCCUCCUUUUCUUCACUUUCUCUUUUUAUAUCAUUUUCUUCGUGGUCAAAUUCUUGAUCCUUUCCGUUUUUUCUCGUCUUUUUUAUUCAUUAUCAUUCUUUUCUCUUCUCGAUUUUAAUUUCCUCCUGCCCAAGGCUUGUCUUUCUUCUUCUCUCAUAUUUUUAUACAGCUCUCCCCCCCCCCUUCACUUCUUUACUUUUCCAGGAAAUCUUGAACAAGCAGCCCAUCUUCUAUCUGUUCCUCCUGGAGGUUCGAGCAAUGUCCAAUAA